CUCCAAAUUCUCAACGAACCCCGAUAUAAGCUCCCGAGUUUCCCACCUAUCAAUCUCCCGAUAUAUCGCAUACGUCUGUAUAUAUAUCACAAUUAAGAAAAGUAUCCGGCCAAUUGCUUCCACACCACAACUUACCUGUUCAUCUUCUAGCUGCAGCGCGCACGCAUCGUCCAAGAGAUCAUCCGCUGCCAUCGCCAACCAACAAGCUCUUGUGGCUGGAUCAGCAGAAACAGUUCCGAUGGAAGCCGCACGGAUCCGGGCCCUUCUGCUCCUCAUCGCAGGGAUCAGCUGGUGGCAAGUACAGCCGGGUGCCGAGGCAGCCGGCACGACGGUCUUCACGCUGCGGAACAACUGCACGAGCACGAUCUGGCCGGCCACAUUGUCGGGCAACAGCGGCGCGGCCAUCGGGGGAGGCGGCUUCGAGCUCUCGCCGGGCGCCAGCGUGUCGUUCCCGGGCCCGGCGGGCUGGUCGGGCCGCUUAUGGGCGCGCACGGGCUGCGUCGCCUCCGGGGACUCGUCCCUGGCCUGCGCCACGGGCGACUGCGGCGGCGCGGCGCGCUGCUCCCUGGGCGGGGCGACGCCCGUGACGCUGGCCGAGUUCACGCUGGGGGGCGCCGACGGCAAGGACUUCUACGACGUGAGCCUGGUGGACGGCUACAACGUCGGCAUCGGCGUGGCGGCCACGGCGGGCGACCGGGUGAACGGCGCGACGUGCGGCUACGCCGGGUGCGUCGGCGACGUGAACGCGAUGUGCCCCGCGGAGCUGCAGGUGCCGGCUGCCGCCGGUGGGAAGGAAGGCGAACAGGGCGGCGCGACGACGGUGGCGUGCAGGAGCGCGUGCGAGGCGUUCGGGACGGCCGAGUACUGCUGCACGGGCGCGCACGGGGGCCCUGACAGCUGCGGGCCCACCGAGUACUCGAGGCUGUUCAAGGCGGCGUGCCCCGCGGCCUACAGCUACGCGUACGACGACGCCACCAGCACCUUCACGUGCGGCACCGGAGCGCAGUACCUCAUCACCUUCUGCCCCGUGCAGCAGCAGUAGUCGUGUCGUCCUCCGUCGUUGCUCUCCUGAUCGUCCGCCUAAAGUAGCAUUCUCUUGAUCAGCUAUUCGUUGUUUACAAAAAACAUAGGAGUAUUAGCUAUUCGUUAUGGUGUCGUGUCGGUCUCUGGGUUCUCGAUGUAUGCAUCCGAAUCACUGAAGCCUGGUUAACUACUACUCCCUCCGUUUCUAAAUAAUUGUCAUUCUCCUCA